GUGUGUCAUCGGCGGCCGUGUGCGUGCGCCUGCGCUCUGCGGCCAUCGCCACAAGCCGACCGCUCGGGUUACUUAAGAAGCGGGAGAGGGAGAGGCUCUGGGCACAGCUGCCCCAUCCUAUCUCUUUAAAUGACACCGAGCCGUAGCGCUCUGCGCGGGUGCGUGCGUGUGCUUGUGCAUGCGCGCGCGCGCGUUUGGGGGCGAAAUUAGGCGAGCGCCGCCGCGUUGUGCCGGAGGACGAUCGAAACCACAACGCAGCCGCCCUUUCGCUCACCUUUUAUCGCGAAGAGGAAAGAGGCUGCCCGUCGCUUCUCCACCUGCGCGUGAACGCUUCGGACUUUUGGACCGGGCUGCUCCUCCGUCGUGCCGAUGGGCUCCGUGGGCGCAUCGCUGGCCUCGCGAUAAGGAAACAGCGGGCAGGGCGGCCUCGCCAUCACAUUUUGUUGUUCCGCCCGUUUGCCAGGGGAAACGUGAUCGAGAGGCAGUGUGCGGAUCAUCAUGGAUUAAGAGCCGAGCGAAAAGCCAUCUGAGAGGUUCCCGAUGUUGAACAUGUCCACCCCCAGUGAGCUGAAGUCUCCCUGCGUGACUCGCAACGGCAUGGUGAAGCUGCCCCCCAGCCAGCCCAACGGUUUGGGCAGUGCCAGCAUCACAAAGGGCACCCCCGCUGCCAAGAACCGCCUGUGCCAGUCCUCCUCCGUUCCCUCCAUCCUGCCUCCUCCGCCAUCCUCUCUUCCCUACCACCACCACCACCACCACCACCAACACCACCAACACCACCAACACCACCACCUGGACAACACGGUCAUGCCGCAUUCGGCAGCAUCCAUCCUCGGUUGUGACCCGGAAUCCGGGAAGCAACUCGUCGGUCUGAAGCCGUCCCUGCGCCCGCUACCCCCGCUCACUCUCCCCAAACCCCUUUUUCUGGAGCGCCAGCUCGUCCUGGAUGAGAAGCUGCUCAACCGAUUGCUCUGGUACUUCACCACAGCCGAAAAGUGCGUGCUGGCGCAGGUCUGCAAGACGUGGCGUAAGGUGCUGUACCAGCCCAAGUUCUGGGAGGCCGUGACGCCCAUCCUGCACGCCAAGGAGCUUUAUACCGUGUUGCCCAAUGGAGACAAGGAGUUUGUCAGUCUCCAGGCCUUCGCCCUGCGCGGCUUCCAGUCUUUUUGCUUGGUGGGUGUGUCAGACCUGGACAUUUGUGAGUUCAUUGAUAACUACCCGCUCUCCAAGAAGGGCGUACGUUCGGUCAGCCUCAAGAGGUCCACCAUUACGGACGCGGGACUAGAGGUGAUGUUGGAGCAGAUGCAGGGUCUGAUGCAUCUGGAACUGUCAGGGUGCAACGACUUCACGGAAGCCGGCCUGUGGUCCAGUCUCAACGCCCGCUUAACGUCGCUCAGCGUCAGCGACUGCAUCAACGUGGCGGACGACGCCAUCGCUGCCAUCUCACAGCUCCUGCCCAACCUGUCCGAGCUCAGCCUGCAGGCCUAUCAUGUGACUGACACAGCUAUGGCCUACUUCACUGCCAAACAGGGCUACACCACCCAUACUCUGCGGCUUCACUCGUGCUGGGAGAUCACCAAUCAUGGCGUGGUAAAUAUGGUGCACAGCCUGCCCAACCUGACGGCACUCAGCCUCUCCGGCUGCUCCAAAAUCACUGACGAUGGUGUGGAGCUGGUGGCGGAGAACCUGCGCAAGCUUCGCAGCUUGGACUUGUCGUGGUGCCCCCGAAUCACUGACAUGGCCCUGGAGUACAUUGCCUGUGACCUGCAUAAAUUGGAGGAACUUGUCCUUGACAGGUGUGUACGGAUCACAGACACCGGCUUGGGCUAUUUGUCCACAAUGUCAUCAUUGCGGAGCCUCUACCUGCGCUGGUGUUGCCAGGUGCAGGAUUUUGGACUGCAGCAUUUGUUUGGAAUGAGGAGUCUUCGUCUCCUCUCUCUAGCAGGUUGCCCCCUGAUCACCACGACCGGCCUAUCGGGCCUCAUUCAGCUGCAGGAUCUGGAGGAGCUGGAGCUGACCAACUGCCCGGGAGCCACCGCCGAGCUCUUCAAAUACUACUCGCAACACCUGCCGCGCUGCAUGGUCAUCGAAUAAGACCAACGCCUCGUCCUCGGCAAGCCACCGCAAUACUCCGACCAUCCUCCUCUUUCCUCUUCCUCACUCUCGUCAAAAUGCAGCCCAGGAUGUAGUACACCGUUCCUCAUCUCUUGGCCCCCCUCACCCCGCCGCCCUUCUUCCUCCGCACCCGCAUUGAGUAGGCUGAGCAGCAGGAGGACCGGACUACGAGGAGAGAAGACAACAGCUGCUACGUGUCCGGAUGGCGUGCAAGCGAAAGGCUCGGUACGACGUCUUGUCUGGCCGCAAUUUUCUUUUGGGAAGGGCGCGGGAGGUUUCAGACAAUACGCCCGUGUGGUCUCCCACAGCAGAUCGCAGCUGCGGCAAAGUGGACUUCGCAAAACACAAAUGCCGACUUUGGUUUCGCUGUCCUGGUGGAACUCACACAUGAGCUUAUACACUUUAACCACACUCGCACACAUCGUGUAUGUGGUCAG